AUGAUACCUAUCAUAUUUGGGAUGCGCUGGACAGAAGCGGUGGGAUUAGGUGACCCAAAGGGCAAUGGUGAAGCUGAACUUGAACCAAACACUGUUGUUCCCCUGCCUUCCACCAUAAAAAGACAGCCGGCGGAAGCUACGCCGAAGGAAGAUGAAAACUUCCAUGACCUGGAUCGUCUGCCGAGCUCAUCAAAUCAACUCAAAGAUCAUUCUCAGGAAGAGGUGCAACUAGAAGAUAUCAAAAUCUCGGAUAAGACCGACGAUAAGGCGGGUACUGAAGCCACUGGCAACGCAUCUUCAACCAACACGGAACACGUCGAUGCAACGGUCGAUACCGAUUCGGAAUGCAAUACAAAAGGGUCUCUAAUGAAAAGAGCCUUUGACAACCUACAAUAUUCCGACAUAGUAGAAGAGAUUGUAGCUCACGAUGCUACUAACUAUGGUCUGUCAUCCUACGCCCCAAUUGGAAUCGGCUAUUAA